AGAUGUAUAUAUAAUUUAAACCUACAAAUUUACAUAAACCGUAUAUAAAAUACAAUAUAUAUAUAUAUAUUUUUUUAAAAAAAAAUGCCUGGAAUAAAUGUAAAGACGCCUUUAUUAGGUGAAAGAAAGAGUAAUAAAAAUAAUAAUAAACCACCUGUAACUAGACCAAUAUAUCAAAGAAGAAGAUCAGGAUUCGAGGCAUCGACUUAUAAUAGUACAGGAAAGGCAAUAAGUUAUGCGAAGCAAAAAGUGAAUAUAGAUGAUAGUAAUAUACCAGGAUUAAGUUUAUUUGAAAUAUUAACUUUGACUGUUUGUAUGGCGGGUGUACAAUUUACCUGGACAGUUGAAUUAUCAUAUGGUACACCUUAUUUAUUAUCACUCGAUCUUUCAAAGGAAUUAACAGCAUUAGUAUGGUUAGCUGGCCCUUUGUCGGGUCUUAUUGUUCAGCCUUUAAUUGGUGCUUUCAGUGAUAAAUGUACUUCAAGAUUAGGUAAAAGAAGACCGUUUAUUAUUGUAGCAGGUAUAUUGACUUGCAUUUCAAUGGUUGGAGUUGCUUAUGCAAAAGAAAUUGGAUAUUGGAUUUCAACUGUAUUAACAUCUGAUAAUGAUAAUAUGAAUGUAAUUAAUAAAGCAGCACAUACAAAUGCUAUUAUUGUGGCUGUAGCAUCAUUUUAUUUCUUGGAUUUCACAUUAAAUGCAGUUCAAGCUAUUUGUCGUGCUUUAAUUUUGGAUAUACCACCACUUUGGCAACAGGAUAUUGCAAAUGCAUGGAGUGCACGUAUGAGUAAUACAGCUAUGGUAAUCGGUUACUUUGUUGGUUUUAUAGAUUUAGUGAAAUAUUUCCCUUGGUUAGGUGAUUCACAAGUCAAAGUAUUUUGUAUAAUAUCCAUUUUUGUAUUUAUUAUUGCUUUAACCAUCACAUGCGUCACUACAAAAGAAAAAGUAAAUAAAAGAAAAGAAGAAUUAGAUAUGAACCAGCCUUGGUAUAGCAUAUUCUAUUAUAUUUGGAGAGCCUUUCGGUUCUUACCAAAGCCAAUUCAAACAUUAUGUAAUACACAAUUCUUUGCUUGGAUGGGUUGGUUUCCUUUCUUAUUCUAUAGCACGCAAUGGGUUUCUGAUAUCUAUUUUGCUACUCAUCGUCCAACAAUACCUGAUAUACCUAUUGAUUGGGCUAAAGGAACAAGAGCAGGAUCAUUUGCCUUACUCUGCUACUCUAUUGUUUCUGUGAUUGCUGGCUUAAUCAUACCCGCUGCUGCUACGAAAUUCUCUUACAUGAAAAUAUUUUCUUUACUUAAUAUCUAUACUCUAUCACAUAUGACGGUAGGUAUUGCGUUGAUAUCCACUUUAUUUGUAAAGAAUGUUACAACAGCUACAUGUAUCUUGGCUAUCAUGGGCAUACCAUGGGCUAUAGUACUUUGGAUUCCCUUUUCACUUGUAGGUGAAUAUGUCAGUUUUGAAGAUGAAAGGAGACAAAAUUUAAUUAUCAAUGCCGCCACUAUUCAGCGAGGUAGUAAUAGUAAUAGUGGUAGUAGUAGUAGUAGUAAUGUGAAUGAAGAAGAGCUUCAACAAGAGAAUGAUGAAUUCGAUGCUGGAAUGAUUUUAGGUGUUCAUAAUAUGUAUAUCGUCUUCCCACAAUUUGCAGUGGCCAUUAUUUCAUCUUUCAUCUUUGCUGUAACAGAUGCUAUAAAAGAUGGUGAACAAAAAUUUAUAUCUACUGUAACUCCUGUACUUAUCUUUGGUGGUCUGAUGGCUUUUAUUGCUGCUUUAUUUAGUCGAUUUAUUACUCGAGUUACUUCUUUUUCUUCACCAACAUGAAUUUAAAUAAAAUAUGUAAUGAGAUUUUUUUUUUUUU